UCCCUGCUCCACCGGUCCUGCGCUGGCGGAUCUGUCCUCUCCGGCCCUCCCAGCGUCUCUACCUGUCCGAGGCUCGCGGUGCGACGAGGGAGAACAGCCCGACAACACAGUAGCCUGCCUGGUCGCCGCUUCGCCCCGUGAACAGAGCGAGCAUGUCUUCUGCGGAGAGCCCCGAGUACUCGCCUUUUUUCGCCGUGAUGGGAGCCUCUGCGGCCAUGGUGUUUAGCGCAUUAGGAGCAGCGUACGGGACGGCGAAGAGCGGCACCGGCAUCGCCGCCAUGUCAGUGAUGCGACCGGAGCUCAUCAUGAAGUCCAUCAUCCCAGUGGUCAUGGCGGGUAUCAUCGCCAUCUACGGGCUGGUGGUGGCGGUGCUGAUAGCAAACAACAUCUCUGAGAAAGUCAGCCUCUACAAGAGUUUCCUUCACUUGGGAGCUGGUCUCAGUGUGGGCCUCAGCGGGCUGGCGGCUGGCUUUGCCAUCGGCAUCGUGGGGGACGCCGGUGUGAGGGGCACCGCCCAGCAGCCGCGGCUCUUCGUGGGCAUGAUCCUCAUCCUGAUCUUCGCCGAGGUGCUGGGUCUCUACGGCCUCAUCGUGGCCCUCAUCCUCUCCACUAAAUAAGCCAGCACCGACUCCAUCUCCAUCCAUUCCACAUCCAAGCAGCAAGAACAAAUCGAUUUCCACCUCCUUCCAUCACACGGCGUGGCUCUGGCAGGAUGGGAUGGCAGCAUGUUGGCGCUCGGCCUGACGUAGAUGUGAUCCGUGUUGUUUACCGCCAUCCGCUCGUGUCGGCUCUGCUGCGUGGAGUGGGCGCGAGGAUGUGUGGACAGUCUGCCUGAUCUGUCGUCUGAUCUUCCCCUGUACAGUGGCCCAGAGCCCCCCCGCCCCUUGUAACUGUAGUAACCAGUCUGUGCUGUGUGUAUCAACGUUGACCCCCCCCCUCGCUGACUUUUGUUUCGUCACUCAUGGAGACUGCCCAGAAUCACUCUCUUUCUCAUCUUCUGUUACGGGACCAGUCACCAGGGUGAGGCGCUGUUCAGAUGUAUUUUUUGUUAUUUAUGAAAAGCUAUGAAGAUUUUGAAUCCAUGGAAGUGUCUACAUGGAAGACGUUUAUUUAAAAACCCUAUCGACAUGAAUUAUAUCAAGGAUCUGUGUAUAGUUAGAUGAAAUGCACUGUGGGUGUUUGUUCUAAGUGCUUGAGUUUCCUCUGACUGUAGUGAGUGUUCCUGGAGGUCGUCCGUGUGUGUGUGUGUGUGUGUGUGUGUGAGAGUGUGAGUGUGAGUGAGAGAGGGUUUAUGUUGAACAGGACCUCACCGAACACCUGUGUUGUUCACCUGUAGUGUUGCUGUCUGGACUGGGGUCCAGCUCACUGUUCAGCCAUGCCUGUCAGAUUUCCAAAUAAAAGUCGACGUCCUCCAGA